GCUUGAGGCUAACGCAAACUUAAAUAGUAAAAAGAUAACGAUUUGUCUGCUGUUAAUAAUUAACUUGAUUAUAUACUAUGAAAGAGUCUAGCUAAACAACGAUGAUAGGUGAUGCGCUCGGGGUUGACACUGAGAUAAAACUGGCGAAAAACUACACCAACGUAUUUUCCAAUUAGUUAGACAAACAACGUCGUAGAGAAUAAUAAACAGUAUAUUAUGUACCCUGUAUAAUGUAAAGCUAGAAUUUUAAAAGCUCUGCCCACAAGUGCAGUUAUAGCCUUUGAAACAGCCGUUAUAAACGACUGUCCUAUUAAUAACCAAAGAAACUGAGGAUAUGUGUACCUGCACCAAGAGGGGAGACCCCUAAUAUUCCAAUCGGAAACCUUGAUGACGUGCGUUUGAAACAUUUUCUUACAUUUCGUUAAGCACGCAACAGCCUAUUCGUGAAUGUACCGGGGUAAUUAUACAAACAAUACGACAGCUGUCUUGUACACAGAUAGGCCCAUUUUUUAGCGUGGCCUAACUCAUGACUAUUGUAUUAUAUAGACAAAAUUUUCAUGUGGGGUUGGAUUUGUUAUUGAAGAGAAUUAAGAUUUAGCUUACUUGGUCAAAGGAAGGAUAGGGUUAUAUAAUGACACAAUAGCUGGUAGUAAGUGUCGCUAGAUACCAUAUUUGACUUUACCCAAUGGUAACUAUCUUGAAAAACAUAUAUCACAAAAAGUGGUUAUGUAACUUAUGAUAAUAUGAUGACUAAUGAUAGGAUAAAAAAGCGACGAUUAUUCCGCACCACGUUCUCUUCACUAGUAACCUUUUUUCGCCAGGAAUUAUCGCAAAAGUUCCCACUUAGUACGAUCCUUACGGUUUUUGGAUGGGGUUAAUUACUUUUCUACCAAUUUGUCUACGCAUCUAAUCUAGGUAGCGUUACUGCACAAAAAACAGGUUCUUUUUGCUCCUAGAAAUAACCUAAGUAAGCUGAUGAGUGAUAAUGAAAAGUGUCUCUUAAUAAUUCUAUUAUCUUCGCUGGAAUCACUGGGCGAUUUUUAUAACAGGUUAUCACUGCGCGCUGCACCAAAUCUUGUUCCGACAAAGAAAAAAAACUCUUCAUUGAAUGGUAGCAUUGUUCGGAAAAAAUUAAAUAUUCCUUAGACGGAGAUGUGCGGGUCCUGUGAAUAAAUCAAUUUCAGCACAUUUCUGUGUGUAACCUCCACGGUCUUAUCACAGUUGGUAACGUCUUCUAAAGCAACGGUACUUCGUUCUGCUAGCGUACACGGGACGCCGCACUGCUUCGAAAGUGGUCAUCGCCCAAUCGAAUGCGACGAGCAUUGCCUGGUUUGCCAUCACUUGACAGGACUUCAGAAAAUAGUCGCAUCACACGAGUGGCAUAGACGGGCGUUCUAAGCACUUUAUCGCUCUGUUUCUAACGGCAAUUAGCGCGGAUCGCUUGUAAUCGCUUAUAAUCGCUUGUUUCGAAUAACGCACAAGCGCGCAUUUCAGACAGCUGCCACUUCUUAACGCUGUGUCUGGUGCGCAUUCGAUAAAGGUUGCGAAUUAUGUGAUUUUCACCGGAUGAGUUCUCAUCGCGCUUUUCUAUUGCCCGCUCAUAACGUGCGAUUUAUGCCACCUGCUGUAUUAGCUGAAAGGAGCUGUCUCGAAGUCUAGAGAAGGACUAGCUAUGUUAUAAACUGGGUGUUCGAUCAUGCUUGUGUAAGUGUGUUUAUCAUUAUCAUACCACAAAACUUGUCUCUACUGUUUUGUAUUUGCAUGGAUGGCACACCGGUACGGCAACAACAAGGCCAUUGAUGCAUCAUUGCUGCCCGUAUUCUUCCGAAUAGUAACCUAUAGUAACAACAGCUACGGUGGACGCCACAGCAAAGGUAAAUAGCUGCAGUCCCAGCUGAUGCUAAACGUUAAACCACAUCGAAUCGCCCAUCCGAUCGUACACCCUCCCACCUUUUCGUUCAGUUGUACUUUGCUGUUAGACGGGCUUCGCCAUUCACCCCCGUUGGAAAAUGAGUAACCUCAAUUUGAUCGGCGUUUUGCCUAUUUUUCAUUGUUUGUCGGCGAGCGUGUAGUGCCGACCUGUUGCGUUCUUCUUCCUGAUGGUGACUAUUGACGUCGCCGCCUUAAGGUUGACACCAAUUGCCGCUGCAGCCAUUGUCCGUCAUUAUCGCGAUAACAACUGAACAUCAAGCGUGAAAGGUACGCCAGGAGUUACACAGGCGCUAAGUAGCAGCAGUAUUACGGGGGUAGAAUCGUGUAUUUUUCUUGCUCAGUCUCUGUCUGGGGCAAGUGCUUUAUAGGGUUGAUACAAUUCCCGGCUGCUUCCGUGACUGUGGAUUGGCUGGGGCAUCGAUGGCUGCCCUGUGACUUUUAUCGAGGUCGUGAUCGACGUUGUGAUUGUGCACGAUCUUCUCCAGCUGGUUCUAGCUUGUUAAAUGUUCAAACUUGGUCUAGCAAGACUGAGAUGGUUCGGUAUACACGUGCACAAACUUUCUGUGGUCAGUACGAUCAUUUAGUGCGAGUGCGUUUUUUCAAAUUCGUCGUGGUAUUCUAGUCGCCUGUAUUUCAUUAUGAUUAUUGUUACAAGUGCCUUACUUAACGAUUCGUUGUUAUUUCGAUGUUCACGAAGGACCUUUCUAUUCGUGUGAUCUCUUCGUCUGAUUUGUGUGUGGUUGACCACUAUUUGCCCGCAAGUCACUCUCACAAGUGAAUAUCUGACAUCGUACACAGCUUAGCCACACGCGCUGCUUCGUUUGCGAACUUUACUAACAAAUCACAGUCAGCCACGUAUCUUCGCGUAAGACAAGCGGGUCGGUUUUCUCUGUCAGGCAGUAGUGACCAGACGGGCGGACGGGCGGACGAUCGCUUCGUGGCUAGCUAGCGUUGCAUUGAAAGCGCUCAUCAGCGUCACAGCCGCCGCUGUGUAGCGUCAACCGUAGGUAGCCGAUAGUUACUGUCAUCAUCGACAGUAGGGUAGCAUUCCGUCGCGAUUCGCGAGAGAACGUUGCGUGGUCAUACGGCUGCUGCUGACGGCAGACCGCGCCAAGGAUCGGCUCGCCACUGGGGUGGAGCGUUGCAGCCAUUCAGCGGUCUGUUAGUAUUGACGGCCCUUCCCUUGCGCGACCGAUUCCCUCUCUUCGCUCGACCAGGCAUGUUGUAUCAGUGGCCGGCUGAUUAGCAUGAGGUUAUUUUGCCGCACUGUCUCACGAGCGGCCACGGCUCCACUGCCCACUGUAUCUGCAGAAGCGGGCAUAGCAGGCGCGACAGGAACAGCCGCGGCGGCGGCGGUGGCAGCAGCAGCGUCACCGGUGACCGACGUCUUUUUCGCCCGACGUCGCCUUCUGUCCACAACGACCAGCAACGGUAUUGGCAUUGUAAGAUCAGCCGUGACACCAAUCUCAUCCGCGGCGACGAGCCUCACUUGCACGUCAACACCGGCUGGAUCGGGACGCUCGGCCACUGUCUUCACGGGGAUAUCCUGCAGUAGCAGUGGGCCAGCGCUGCACCCACCACGGCCAGACGCAUCCGUUUCAGGUGGCCAGGCGUCGCCGAAGCCCUGCUGGACAUUAUCUGCUGUCCACAGGGUACGGCAGUCCUCGACGGUCGCCAACUGCAGAACUAGCCCCUUCCUCAAUUGCACCUGCUGCAGUAGUGAACAAUUCAUCGGCUAUCAAUUAUCGCGUCCCGCGGCCCUAUCUGUCACCCCUACCCAUACCAGCGGCCAAACUGCUAAUAGACAUUCCGUCGUUGCUCUUGGCAGUUCCGGUGCGGCCGAUUGUAGCAGAAGAACUGCGACGGCAGCCGCUUCCACCGCUGCUGCAGCUGCUGUGGUUCUGAGAUCAGCAACAGUGCCUACAGGGAUCAACGGCCGAAGGCGUCGUCCUUCAGGAGCUAUCGCAGGUCUCCUACAACAACUAGUACAGGUGUUACUUCAGCAGCGCUACCGUCAAGAAUCUGAACAACAGCAACAGCGACGACAGCCUCUAAAGCCAUUGAGGCCGGAACAACAGUUGGCAUAUUUCACCCAAAAGAUCAUCAAUCAGGAGCAGCAACAGCCAAGUAGAAAAGAGUACGAACAACAUUUGCUCGAGUGCUUCAUCGCAACGAGUCGUCAUCGUGCAGGCACUUGUGAGACAAGUUCUACUGCUGCAGGUGUCACCGGAUCAACGAUCUUCGGCCAGAGUAUUAAUGAUCUCACCUUUAGUCUGCAUCCGGAAGUGAGGUCUGCGAUGGCACAGCGCGACGGAGUCGUUAGCGGAGCUGGAGCAGCUGAUGGCGGAGUGCAACCAGGAGACGAAUAUGCUGGAGCUGGCAGCAAGAGUGGGUCUGCCGCGUCCUGUGCUGGCUGCAAUCAACCGUUCGCGCCAAAACGUGUUCUUGUGCUUACGAAGUUUUCUCGGUUAGAAUUCGAGAAGCGGCGACAUCAGGAGCUCAGCGAGGAAGAGCUUAUUCGAGACCUCGAGGCACGGGGUUCAGACUACCAGUCCCUUUUACAUCAUCACAACGUUCAUUCGAGGAACAGAGAUCUUGUGGUCGACACCCUCAGAAAGGCGGGCCUAGAAACUCGACUCGUGGAUCGUUUCGAGUAUACAGACGCCAACGUGGAGUGGGCAGAUGUGAUUUUUACAACAGGUGGCGAUGGAACCUUCCUAAUGGCUGCGAGUAAAGUUUUGUCACGCGACAAACCGGUUAUUGGGAUCAACUCCGACCCUUCUCGGUCUGUGGGCUACCUCUGUCUACCCGGAGAUUGUACCGAAGAUUUCCCAAGAGCGCUUCAGAAGUUACUUGAUGGACAGUUCAGAUGGCAAUGGCGACAGCGUAUCCGGGUGACUGUGCAAGGUAAGGACGCAUUCGAAGCUCCAAUCGAACUACAUAAUCAGCAGCUGCAGUACCCCGAAUAUCGUUUCAUCGACUGUAUUAACGAAGAGCAUAAACCGGCCACGCCUGCGACUCCAACGCAUAUUGACGGAGCUACCGGAGUCACUGAUAUUCCUCCUGUUCCCGCGAAACCUCCAGCACCCGUUCGAAUACUGCCGAUUAAGUCACUUAAUGAGGUGUUUGUUGGAGAAUCUCUGUCUUCAAGGGUGUCAUACUAUGAGAUCUCUAUCGAUGGUUCGAAACCCACAAAGGUGAAAAGUAGUGGAGUGACCAUGUGCACGGGAACUGGGUCAACGUCUUGGUCGUUUAAUAUUAGCAAGGUGACGCCACAAUGCGUCAAGCGCGUUCUUGAAAUUGUGCAAACUAAAACGGGAAAAGAUGUCGGAGUCGACAACCAGAAAUUAAUCGAUGAGGUUACAGCAGAGUUUAAUGAUAGCCUCAUCUUCGACCCUUCGGAAGCCCUCAUGGCUUACACUAUAAGGGACCCUGUCUUCAUUGGGACAGACUUCAGUAGUAAGCCGCGCGGGUUUGCCAAAAGGAUCGAGAUUCGUUCGCGAAUGUUUGAUGCCUGUAUUGUAAUCGAUGGCUCGCUCUCAUUCAUUUUCAAUGACGGGGCCAUAGCUGUGCUCGAGAUUUUGGAGCAAGAUGGUCUCAAAACGGUCGCUAUUGACUAAAAAAUUCAACUUUCGACUAUGAGGUACAUCCAGUGCCUUUGCAGAAUGGUGCAAAUGGGGAAAUCAGGAGCCUGCAAGGGUAAGAUGCGGAAUAACAAAUUGUCAAGGGCAUGAGAUCUUGAACUGCUAAUUACGAUUUGUUAAAGGCUCAGUGAUUUGAUGGAUUCAUUUAAAAAUAGAUACUUGAUUUAUACAGAUGCAAGUCACACAAACUCACGUACGUGCGUGCAUAUUGACAGGAACGCUUAAGAUCCGACCCAGCUGCUUCUAUCAAAAGAUCAGGGUUGACUGGUGGGUUUGUAUGAAAGUUUGAGCAAGCAGAAUUGCUAUACAACAAACCUGCUUGCGCUCGUUGGUCAAAAUAUUCAAGGAAGUAAGAAAUCGUGGGACGCAAACAUUUCUUAUAAUAUAAUGUCGGACAGAACUCUGGCCGGUGGAGAGCUUCAUCUAUUAGCACAUAAUGUGCGUUAAUGAGAAUGUAUUUGGUGAAGACCGUAACUUUUGUAUUUUACAGCAAAAAAUAAACCUACGAAUUUCUUUGAAGUGGACGAAUUCAUGGUCUAACCUUGCUUUGACCCGGGUCAAUGUCUGGGUUAUUAAGAUAUAUUUCUCUUUCAUUAAUUUACAAAAUUGCCAAACUCUUAAAGUUAUUGUUAUUAAAGUUAAAAUUACUUAUUUCGAUAGCUCUACAAGAACGCUUUAGUAAAUAGGAACCGACCAAAUUUUUAAAAACGAUCAAAUGAAUUAUGAGAUGAUAAAAAACUGAUCGCUAAGGCAUAGAAUAUAUCAUAAAAAUGAAGAACUUUAGCAUAAAGCUUUUUGUACAUGUGCGCGUGUCUGUUGAUACGUCAGACUUGGAAGAGGUUUAUCAUGAUAUGCACCUCAUGUUCUAAAUGAGGGUAAACCGUAAAACUCGGUUGCUUAGGACGAAGACGACCAUAUAUAUACGCAAAGAACUACAAGUAUCUAGGAUAUGUAGUGCAAUAUAAAAGUAUAUAUUGAUAAAUGUAACUACACUUCAGAUACAUGAGCGGACGCAAUGAGAACAAGGACCCUGAACUAGGCCCACCUCAGACAUAACCAUGGUUUCUAUACACUAAAUCUAUUACAACAUUAUAUUAUAUGAAAAACAACAAGAAAACAACUGUGCGAUAUCCGAAUCGCCUUAUUGAACUACUGAUUCAUAAUAAUGAUAUCAUCGUAUACAUAUGACAAAUUGAAAGAUAACUAUAUAAUAUACAUAUAUCGAGAUCACUCAGAACCCUUCAGUUGUCGGGUUGUGUAAGAUUCUUCAGUCUUUGUCGACCGGGACUCCUGCAAUCGACGACGGGGAUGAAAAAUUGCCGAUUGUGUAUAUAUGAUUAGUACUAAUAAUUAUGACAGAUACAAUAAUAUGGGUUGUUUAGGCGCCAUGAAAAAGGCCCAUGAAGUAGAAUAACAAAAUAACCGAAGAGUUGAAUGCGGAAGGCUACUCUAAGUAACAAACGCGGAGAAGUUCUGUGAAACAGGACCUCAUCUCUUGCAUACAAUCAGUGUUCGUCAAAUCUCUUAUCAGUUUUCGUCAUUAAAACAAGUCGACAGACUCUUUGUUAUAUUUAACAACAACAAUAAUAAUAUAAAUGAUGAUAGCUUAAGUAAAAAGUGAACGAAAGUGAUCAUAGAAACUAAAUUUUCGAAAAACCUGGAAUACAAAUAAAUUGUUUUUAUUUUAGUAAAUAACACGUAAUCAUUUCAGAUAUUACCCAUAAUUAAAAUAACGAAUUCAAUGUCAAUAGAUUCCGUUUUUAUGCGUUUGGGAGGGUACCGGAUAGUAUCUUUCAAAAUUUUAAAUUUCGAUAUGUCUGAGUUAAUACUAAAAAAAGUGCCACAUGGAUGUAGUUAUUUAUAUCAAUCAAAACGACUUAUUGCCUGACUUGAAAGUAAAUAAAGCUCGAAUUUGCCCGGACAAUAACGUUACCACGAAGCUGGACAACUAAAAGCAUCCAUUUGAGAAGCUUUUCAGGUCACUAGGUUGGGAACUGCGGAUUUAAAAACGUGGCGGUCAAUAUCGGGUAACUAGAAUUAAUUUGUUUGUAUUGGGACACUAUAUAUCCAUAUAAUGAGUUGAUGUCCAUCGAAAUAUUUACGUACACACAACUUGCGUAGAAUGUAUGGAGGCGUACCAAUUGCUGGGUGAUUAUAACAAGCCGUUAAGACCUCCCGAAUAAGAUUUAAUGCAGAUGUAAAGCCACAGCUUCUAUAGAGAACAUAAUAGUUGGCAAAAAACACUGUCCACCAAAAGUUAACACUGUGUUUUAUGGUUGAUUGUUGACCAAUAAAUCGAAUACAUCGUCUCUCUUGACAAAUUAUUCUGUGGAUGAAUAAAACAAAUAUAAGUUACCAACUUUUUUACGAUUGCGACACAAAUUUAUGGUUUAGUAGAGUGUAUUAUAUAUCAUGAUAUAUAUGAGAGACAAAGAAAGCAUAAAACAGCGAACUCAGCAAAAAUCAGUGCGUUGUUUUGGGAAUUCUCACAUAGAGGAGAUAUUAUUCAAUCUGUUCACUCGCAACAAGCCUUCACCAAGACCAUGGACUCCCGUUUUUGCCCGAAAUAAACCGUCUAUAUUAUUCGCACUUCUCAUACAGCUUCCGAAACAUUCGAGGAAGAUUUUUACGAGGAAAAUCGGAAAACCACUAACAGAAAUUAGAUUUGAAGAACUCGAAAAUGUAUCAACUUUGAACUAGAAAAGUUUUUUGUACACCGGAUCUUUUACAUACAGAUUGACGGCCAAAUAACAUGUAAUCGUUAUUUUUGGAGGCUUCCUACUCCUUUUGCAUCUUUUACACUUAUUAACCGCCCUGAGCUCUCGCAUUUCUUAAAUUUUUAGCCUGCUAUCGGUUCAAAAUUUAUCUUCUUUCCUCUUUUCUUUCUCUCUUUCCUCUUUAUUUCUUUAUAAUUCUCAAGAAUUCUGUCUUUGGCGUAUUCAAUCGACACUUCAAAUCUCUACCUACAAAUAUCGCUAAAUACAUAUUUCUUACAGAAUAAAUUAGCUACGGAUUAAAGAAAAAAUAUUUUAAAAAUGAUCGCGUCCUGAAUUGGAGAUGUAAUCGCGGUGAAUGAAAGUUAUAUUGAUUAAGCAUGACCGUCAAAAAUACCACUGACACAGUCGUAAACACAAUUCGCAAGAAAAAAUCAGGACUUAAGUGCCCCACGCUGUGUAUCCUUCGCUUGCGCUUCGCGCUAUAAAUUUCUGCAUAGGUGCCGUGCCUUUACUCGAUUCUAGCAAUAAGUUCAUUUAAUUAAUGAUGACAAUGACACAAUUACCGUUCGAACAAUGAAUAUUGAAUACGCAUUUAUGUCGAUUAUUGUAUCUCAGCCGCUUUCAACAACGAAAAAGUUUCCACUUGAAACGGUUAUUAAAUGAUGCGUUGUUUAUUAUUUUUUAUUAUGUUUACAAUAUUGUCCUUCUAGAAAACGGCACCCAGGCGUAUAUACACAUUUUAUAGUAACCAAACAAGUGAAUAUUUCUGUAUUAAAGACAUAACAUCUCUAUUACUCUUUUUUUCACAAAUAUACAAAAUGUGUGAGAAAAAAUUUUAGUCCGAUAGAUACUGUCUAAUUUUUAAAUUUGAGUUUGCGUGCUCAAGAUCUUAACAGCAGCGAUAUUUUUUGUAACGCUCAUAUAUAUACAAUUACAUCAAAUUAUCCUAUUCUAGUGAACAAAUUCACUUCAUAAGCGAGGUAAAGGCCACGCAGUUACUAAAGGAAUGGUUGAACCAAUGACGAUGCUUGAACCGUUUUCAUUAAAGAAAUCCGCUUUACGUCUACGAAAUUUAAUAAGGCAUUGCUAUGCGCCGCUUAAUUCCGUUUUUAUAUCUAACUGUACGCCGGUACACACUGUUAUAAGGCAGUUAAAGCACGAGUUUCAUGUAUGCCUUGCCAUGCAGAUCGAUUUAGUGUAAUGCCCCUACCCUCUUUUAAGGGAAAAUGUAGGUUCAAGUAAGCCCUAUUGUCAGCAUUCUAGAGCGGCUACUAACCAGCCGGGUUUGAAGCUUGUCUUGAAGCUCAAAGUCUCUUUUUUAAGGUACGUAUUGUAACUGCCGGUAGACCUUAUUGUCACUUUGCGCCGAUUUUGCUUCUGUUCAGCAACAACAACUAUUUUGUAUUGCCAAAUUCUCGCUUAGUUUUCGAUGUAUUUUUUAACAAAAUACGCUAGCAGAUAGCGACCUUUACUUAUUGUAGAAAUGUCCAAUCAGUGCAUCUCCCUAUCAUUUAGAUAAUUUUUCAAAGACGAAUCAGUCAAGUGACUAAAAUUAGAACGAAGCUACAUCCGGAUCUGACGUACCAACAAAGCCAUUCCCAAUUCAAACGACGCGGAUGUGGCUGUUCACUGGAAAAGGAUAGUUUGCUGUGUGUUCCGCAACUGCGUUACACUCAGUAGAAUUAAACAUCACGAGAUAGCGCAUAAAGCAAUAAGAGAACGUAGGAUGAAAAUGAAUGCGAUUUCCAGCUGUGUAUCAAUCUAUCAGAUACGGAAGACUAUCGUAAUCAACCGCUAUGAAAGUCAAUAAUUUCUCAUUAAAAGAAAGUGAAUCCAUCUAAAUUAUAGCGGGCUGAUGAUUAUUACUUGGUAACCUUUUUAACUUAGUCGAAAAGCUAUGAAGAAAUACUUUUUUAUCCACAAUUCUAGGGUGUGAACUAUACUUUUGAGAGUGAAAUAAAACGUCGUUCAAUUCGCUACGGCGCAUCACUAAUGGUAGCUGAAACCAGGACCCUGCUGAAAGCAUAUUCACAGUGGUUUACCUUGCAUCUAUUUAGUAAAGAAAUACAGGUGCUUCUUUCAUGGUAACGGCAGCGCCACGUAAAACAUUCGUUGUGAAAUCAGAGGUUUUAUAGGCCAUGUCGUAUGCGCGAAUUCUACAAAAAGCCGGGCCAGUCAUAUCGCUAUCAUAAAUCAACACCGAACUUCAACUGACUGGUAACAAGCCCUUCAUUAGAAGCAUAAGAUAAAUCGCUGCAUAACGCCUAUUGGCUUACUGCAUAGGUAGUAUCUGCUUUUUCAAAACGUUUCCUUGUUUGUUUCUCAACUUUUUGCCUACUUCGCUACGACCUUAAAAGCAGCAUCUCUCCUUGGCAAUUACGUUGUGCAGCGAUUAAAUUAUAUUUUUUAUUUUGAGGCAGAUAUUUCAUGUCUGAAAAAACUGUGCUCUUCUAGACCUUUUCGCUGAGAUCGAACGUGCCGUAUUUCAUAAAAUCUCUGCAAGGACCGUUUGAAGGCGGCUUGUUACAUUAAAGAUAACAUCUUAGACCUUUAAAAUGUACCUUGGCCCUGUUAGCCAUUUGAGGUUAAUGGGACUCGCCGGAAUGCACUUCUGAAAGAAAAGGUACAAACUAUUGAAAGUCCGUGUGCUACGAAGUAAGCAAAGAGCCCCAGUGGGCACGGGUUUUCAUUACGUCUCAACAUAUCUAUUUCUAUCAGUCACAGCUCUUUCGCAGAAUUAUUGAAUGAACGUGUUGUUUUGCGGGUGACAAAUCUUUAUACCAGCAGAGUAAGUAGCUCCGGGAGAUUUACCUAACCGUGGGAUCAAAUCCAAACGGACCGUGAUUUGCGUUUAGUGGGAUUGAAAACGUUGUAUAAAAUUGGAAAUGCUUGAGAAUAACAAGUCGAUUGACAAAAAUCUGGAUUGGGUGUAGUGGCGUGAAGUUAACGAAGUUAUCUAACAGAAAACUCCGAUAUAUAAUACAGAGUAAUCUUUCUUCGUAAUAAUAAUAGUGCAGGCUCGCACAAAAAUCAUCAUUUAAGUCGUCUUGAAAUUCACUAUUAUUUUUCAAGCCUAACUCCGACUGAUUAUCAUCCUUUCCAAUCAGCUGCAAUUAGAUUCGUAACAGGUGAUGUACGAUUGAAUGAAUAAUGUGUCAAAGACUGGUUGAACAAGUUCUUCGCCACCAGACGUGCACGUUGCUGGUGGGACAGAAUGGUUGAGAUACGAAGGAUGGUCAUAGAGAACGGCAAAUAUGUAAUAAACUAAUCUGUCAUUAUAAUUAUGGUAGAACGACUUGUUUUUAUUAGUGACAGAACAAACUUUACAAAUACACCAACCUAAUGGCUUUCUUUGGAUUACAUAC